GUGAACAGCUACGGCAUUCGGGACAGCUUCAUGGAUAUAAGUGGAUGUACACUAAGUGCAGAUUGAAUGGUCUCCGUGUGAAAAAGGAGGAUGUGCGACUUGUUUUGAAAGAACUGAAUCCAACAGGAGUGGCAGUGAGACGCUCAAGAUGGCUCCGAAGGCGCAAAUAUUUUUCCAAGGGCCCCAACUUUAUCUGGCACUUAGAUUCUUAUGACAAACUUAAUGGGUUCAUUGACGGCUUCUCCAGGAAAAUGAUCUGGCUGAAUGCAUAUACCACCAGUAGUGAUCCCAAGCUAAUUGGAGGUUACUAUAUUGAAGCUGUGCAGUGUUUGGGGGGCUGCCCCAGAGCGGUGAGGGGUGAUCUUGGAACUGAAAACGGAAAAGUUAGAGACUUUCAGCGUGCUCUUCGCAUUAACCCCCCAGAUGAAACCCUUGAUAGUUACCUGGAGGGAGCCAGCACUGCAAAUCAAAGAAUAGAAAACUGGUGGGGAUUCUUGCACAAAGAAUGUAUGGAAUUCUGGAUAUCUUUGUUUUUGGACUUGAGAGACAACGGAUUCUUUGAUGGAGGAUUUCUGGACAAACGUGUGCUACAGUUUUGCUGCAUGGGACUAAUUCAAGAUGAGCUGGAUGACACCUCCAGAGUUUGGGACGCGCACACCAUCAGACCAUCCAGCAACCCAAAUGUUCCCAGUGGACAGCCAAAUCUGAUGUACUCACUGCCAGAACUAUACAAGACCAGGGAUUGUCUUUCCCCAGCAGACAGAAACCUUGUUGAGCAGUGCAAAAGCCAGUGUGUCUUCCGUCAGCCCAUUCCAUGUGAUACUGAUGUUUAUGAGCUGUGUAAUUUUGUUAUGGUUGAAAAUCAGCUAAAUCUUCCCAGGGACCCAUAUCAAGCCAUAGACCUUUAUCUACAGUUAAGAGAAAAAAUUAAUGCAUGCCUGUAAGUUGAAUGCACAAGAUUUUGAGCACAGUUACAUCUUUAAUAAAGAUUUU